AGUUUACAGAAUAUAGAGGGAUCAGCAGAACAGGUUAGUUUACAGAAUAUAGAGGGAUCAGCAGAACAGGAAAAUCUAGAUGGAGAGAUUGAUCCUAAAAGAUAUUCAGAUAACGAGGAACUCAGGUUUUCACUUAGAUCAAUCGAAAGGAACCUGAACUGGGUACGAUAUGUACAUAUUGUGACAAAUGGUCAGUUACCAUACUGGUUGGAUACACACCAUCCUAAGAUUAGAAUAGUCAGGCAUGAACAUAUAUUUGAUGAUCUUGACAAUCUUCCAACAUUCAGUAGUCCGGCAAUUGAAGCAAAUCUGUUACGGAUACCUGGGCUGUCAGAAUUAUUCAUCUAUAUCAACGACGACAAUUUGUUUGGAGAGGAGUGUACACUGGAGGAUUUCUAUAAUGAGGAGGUGGGGCAGAUGGUUUGGUUUGGUUGGGCAAUACCGUCAUUUAAUAUGUACAGUAAUGCAUAUGAUUUGUCACUCACCUAUACAGAUGAAAUAUUUACCAAGGUGUUUGGUGAGCCAGGUGAGACCCGUAAAGGUAGUUCACAUGGUCCAAUUUUUAUCCAGAAAUCUGUUCUAAACCAGUGCUAUCAAGACUUUAAGAAAUACUGGGCACGCACCUCAAGUCACAAGUUUCGAAUGGCGACUGAUUUUCAGUUUAGUUUUGCGUACAAUAAUUACCUGGUGGAGAAGAGAAAACAUUAUACACCGGAACAGAUUUUCCAUUUAUUUGACGAAGAUGUCAACAGGGUUCUUUCCUAUCAGGAAGUUGUGUCAAUGCUAAAAAGUAUCCAACAAACCAACGUCAAGAGUAGCUGGCACAUUGAGAGCUUAACGGCUGAAUUGGAGAAAUGUAAACAGCAAGAUGAAUCAUUCUUUGAUUAUGCUUUGCGAAGGUUUAGAUGGAGAAUAAAUAAAGAAACAUUUCUGUCCUGUUCAAACAUAUUUCCUAUUCUAGCAAAACUUAAGGGUGAACUAGCCUUCAAGUUCCAAGUCUCAGACUCAAACAAUCUCAACUUUAGGAUGUUAACUUCAGAUAUAGUAACGAUGAUUCACCUCUUUAAGGAUAUAAAGCGAAAUCCUAAAAAAAUGAUUUGUCUGAACAACGAUUUAAAGAGCUCGAAACACAAGGUGAAUGAAAUUAUACAAGGACUCCAAUUACAGUUCUACGAGGAUUUAUUUCCUACUCGCUCAAGAUUUGAAAUACCUGAUCAACAUUUUAAAGAUCCGUUACACCUGAAGAAACGAUUUAAAUGUUCCAUUGAAUCUCAUCAUUUAAGCAACACAAUAUUCUGUCUAGAGAAUUCUGGGAAUCAGUUCAAUCUUACCAUUAGCAACAAGAAAAAAGAUAGAAUCAAGGGCAGAAAUUGGAGAACUUAGAAAUGACGAGUAUAAAUGGCGAAUCAUUACUAAAUCAACACUUGCAAUUUCUACAAUCUGUACUUACAUUCAGUUUUCUUCAUCCCAAUUUCCAUAAAUGGCGAAUCAUUACUUCAAUCUCUACUAUCUCUACAAUCUCUACAAUCUCUACAGUCUCUACUAUCUCUACUAUCUCUACAAUCUCUACAAUCUCUACAAUCUCUACUAUCUCUACUCUCUACUAUCUCUCGCAGAAAUUGGAGAACUUAGAAAUGACGAGUAUAAAUGGCGAAUCAUUACUAAAUCAACACUUGCAAUCUCUACUAUCUGUACUUACGUUCAGUUUUCUUCAUCCCAAUUUCCAUUGCUGGGGUUUGCUGUGAUAUUUUUAAGUUUUAUAAAACCAACUGAUAUAUGAGAAAGAUGUUAAUAAGAUAAAGAGAAAGAAAAAUACAUCUUAUGCUAAAUAA